AUGGCGAUGAACUUCGUGACAUUCAACCAGGACUACAGCUACUUGGCUGUGGCGACUGCCAAGGGGUUUCGCAUAUUCACAACAGACCCUUUCGCCAAGAGCUAUGAGACCAAGGAAGGGAACAUUGCUAUAAUCGAGAUGCUGUUUUCGACAUCUUUGGUCGCGUUGAUUCUCUCACCACGUCGCUUGCAAAUCACUAAUACAAAGCGCCAAUCUACAAUAUGCGAGUUAACGUUUCCCACCACUGUCCUAGCGGUUAAACUGAACCGGAAACGGCUCGUCAUCGUUCUAGAAGACCAGAUCUAUCUCUAUGACAUCCAGACCAUGAAGCUGCUAUAUACCAUCGAGACAUCUCCAAAUCCUAGUGCAAUCUGUGCUCUGUCUCCCUCCUCCGAUAAUUGCUAUCUCGCAUACCCUCUUCCACAUAAAGCUCCGCCUACGUCCUUUACUCCUCCGUCCCAUGCGCCUCCCGGGAACACACAUAUUUCACCUACAAGCGGCGAAGUACUGAUAUUCGAUACACUGAAGCUAGAAGCAAUCAAUGUCAUAGAAGCCCAUCGAUCUCCACUGGCAUGCAUAACGCUCAACAGUGAUGGUACUCUGAUAGCUACCGCUUCUGAUAAAGGGACUAUCAUUCGGGUCUUCUCCGUACCUGACGGUCACAAGCUAUACCAAUUCAGGCGAGGCUCGAUACCUUCCAGGAUAUACAGCAUGUCGUUCAAUACGACCUCCACCCUUCUUUGCGUCUCAUCCUCCACCGAAACCAUACAUCUGUUUAAGUUGAGUCAAGGCCAAUCUUCGGAAAGUUCUCUGCCGUCCCCUUCAGCGCCCCAAAGAAGCAUGAGUCAGAGCUCUCUGAGUAACUCUCCGGAUGAGGAUGAAACGAGUGGUGACAAAGACUCCUCCGAAUUUCAUUCCAGGAAACACAAUGGCACUCUAAUGGGCAUGCUUCGGCGAACCUCACAAACCGUUGGAAGCUCGUUCGCCGCCAAGGUGGGCGGAUAUCUUCCAAAGGGUGUUAGUGAGAUGUGGGAGCCAGCGCGAGACUUUGCUUGGAUCAAACUUCCGAAGUCGAACCCCGGCCCGGGGGGCAACGGCAACACCGGACCCCUGCGAAGUGUUGUAGCAAUGAGCAACAACACCCCCCAAGUGAUGGUUGUGACCAGCGAUGGCAAUUUUUACGUUUUUAGCAUCGAUCUUUCCAAAGGAGGGGAAGGAACCCUAACCAAACAAUACUCGUAA